AUGGCAAGGUAUGUUGCGAAAUAUAAGGACAACAGCGCGCGUUCGUUCCCCACCGCAUACACCUGCGGUCCGGAGUUUUGCAAAUAUCUCAGCAUUAUAUACGGUCUGGAGACAUCCGUGAUUUCAACCUGGACUUCUUUGGAAGUGCUCACUCUAAAUAGCAACAAUCUGACUACUCUUGGAGAAAUUAGCACUAUACCAAAUCUUCGCCUCUUUCGCAUCGGAGAAAAUCCCUGGCAUUGUGAUUGCCGUAUUAAAUGGAUGAAGCAGAUACAAAGCGUGCAGACAAGUCUUGUGAAGUGCAUGAGACCUGCAUUUCUUCAUGGAAAGACAAUGGACAAUUUAGAUGAAUCGUUGAUGAAAUGCUCUGGGAUCGAAAAGCGUGAUACUGUGUCUUGUGCUGAUGUCCACAUCUGUCCUCCAGCGUGUCUGUGCACUGAUAGUACAGUUGACUGCAGGGAUCGUGGCCUAUCGCAUGUGCCAGCCAACCUACCCAGCUCUACCACCGAAUUAAGACUGGAGCAGAACCAAAUCACAAUCAUUCCACCUAAAGCGUUCCAUAACUUGCGUAAAUUGAAGCGGCUUGAUCUGAGUAAAAAUAACAUCGUGGAAGUGGCUCCGUAUGCAUUUUAUGGAUUACAGUCCUUAAACUCUCUAGUACUCUACGGUAAUAACCUUACUGAUUUGCCUAUCCAAGCAUUCUAUGGCUUGAAUAAUCUUCAACUUCUUCUUCUUAAUGCAAACCAACUACGAUGUUUACGGAGUGGAACGUUUGAUCCACUAACAAAACUCAACCUAUUAUCUCUUUACGAUAACCAAAUCAAAUCCAUAAGCAAUUCAACAUUCUAUAAAUUACUGAACCUGCAAACGUUACAUUUGGCCAAAAAUCCUCUGAUAUGCGAUUGCAACAUGGAGUGGCUGGCAGAACUCCAGAAAGCUAAAGGCAUCGAAACAAGUGGAGCGAGGUGUGAGUCGCCAAGACGGGUAGCGAGAAAACGUUUUGCAAGCCUGCCCCGUGACAAAUUUCGAUGCAAAGGUUCGGAAGUCUACCAAACACACCGGGCCGAUCAGUGUUUUAUCGAUGCCGGUUGUCCACUACAGUGUGAUUGCCAAGACAAGAUUGUGGAUUGCAGUAACAAAGGAUUGACAGAAGUUCCCAAUGAAGUGCCACAGUUUGCAACAGAGCUCAACUUGAGCAAUAAUAAAAUCACUUCUAUUAGCUCCUCAAGUGGCCUCCACAGGCUUCAAAACCUGGUCAAAUUGUGCGUUUUUUUAAUCAUAUCUGGUUUAUCAUUGCCUUAUUUUACUACUAAGAUAUCUUUUAGAUUUCAGGGAUCUUUCCUCGAACAAGAUCACAAAUCGGUUUGUUAUAGAAAAAUUAGCGGCAACGACUUUUUAUGCAAUUGCCAAAUUUUGCCACUAGUUUCUUUUAAACUCGGUCAAAGCAAUGUAUGUGUGAAAAUUUCUAAUUUUUCAGACGUAUCUGAAAGCAUCUGUGCUGACAAUGGGGACUACUGCCCAUUGGGAUGUAGCUGUCAUGACACAAUUGUUCGAUGUUCGAAAAGGAAUUUGAGAGCAUUCCCAGUUUCACUUCCUGUUGAUACCACAGAAUUGUUCUUGGAUUCGAACAAUAUUGACGAAAUUUCGACUGAGGAAAUCAGCAGGCUUACAAACUUGGUAAAACUAGAUAUGUCACACAAUAUUGUGGAGUCUAUUGAAGACUAUACAUUUGUCAAUCUAACCAAAUUAUCAACACUUAUUCUCUCAUAUAAUAAAAUCAGUUGCAUUCAGCCACGUGCAUUCGCAGGCUUAAAUUCACUUCGGAUUCUUUCCUUACAUGGGAAUGACAUUUCACUGUUACCAGAAACUGCGUUUGAAUCUCUUGGAAACAUCACGCACAUAGCUAUGGGCAGCAACUCUCUUUAUUGUGACUGUCGGAUGUCAUGGUUCUCUCGGUGGAUUAAGACAAAAUUUGUAGAAGCUGGUAUCGCACUUUGCGUAGCACCUACAACUAUGGCAAAUCAGCUACUCCUCACUGCUCGUUCUCAUCAAUUCCAGUGUAGUGGAGUACCACCUGAUUGGAUUUCCAUGAAAUGCAACAAAUGCUUUGCUGAACCAUGCAAAAAUGGUGCCCUAUGCAAGAUUACAAGUGGUCGCAGCUACCAAUGCCACUGCGCUUCCGGAUACCAUGGAAAACAUUGUGAAGACAAAGUGGAUGCUUGUUAUGGACAUCCAUGUCUCAACAACGCUGUCUGUAAGGUGAUUCAAGAGGGCCGCUUUACGUGCAUUUGUCCAAAGGGAUUUAAAGGAGACCACUGUGAAGUGAACAUCGACGAUUGCGAAAUGAACAAAUGCCAGAAUGGAGCUCAAUGCAUUGACAUGGUUAACUCUUAUCGGUGUGAAUGCGCGCCUAUGUAUGGAGGAAAAUACUGCGAAGAGAAAUUGCAGUACUGCAGCAAGCAGUUGAAUCCAUGCCAGAAUGGCGCAAAAUGCCAGAGAACAGAGCUUGGCUACAAGUGCGACUGUUUGCCAGGAUUCACGGGUUACAACUGUUCAACGAAUAUCGAUGAUUGCAGGGAUCAUAAAUGUAGAAACAAUGGCAUAUGCGUGGACGGUGUUACAUCAUAUUCAUGCAAAUGUGUUAUGGGAUACACUGGGCAUUUCUGCGAUAUUCCUCCCAGUGUUAACGUUGCUUAUCCAAACACCGCUCAAUGUCAUACUUCUUUAUGUGGUCAUGGGUCUUGCUAUAACGACGAGAAAACGAAAGAAUAUGAAUGUCGAUGUUAUGAAGGCUAUAGUGGUGAAAGGUGCGAUCAGAUACAUUCCAUUGGACUUGCUCAUCAGUCCGCAUACGUUGCACUUGAACACUGGGAUGUAGAAGGUGGAAAUCUCACCUUCACGAUUCGAACAAGAAACAAAAGCGGUGUAAUUGCUUACUAUGGAGAUCACAGUUUUUUAUCAGCUGAACUCUAUGAUGGAAGAGUAAAGGUUGUAUUCUACAUUGGCAACCAUCCAGCAAGCCACAUGUAUAGCUUUCCAACUGUGAACGAUGGCUUGCCUCACAAAAUUGAAAUUAUUGUCCAAGGAAAGAAUUGUUCACUUUCAAUUGAUAAUAACACCGCACAGUCAGUGGAAAACGGUGGAAAAAUAGAAAAAUUUGAAAUCAACACCAAACAAAACUUAUACAUUGGUGGACUACCUCCUCAUCAAGCAACUCGUGUGAAAGCACAGUUCCACGUCAGACAUACUCAUAGCUUGAAAGGUACGUGCACCAAAAAUUUUCCAAAAUUUCCUGUACUUUUUUACACAGGUGUGGACUGCGGCAGAGGCAGCUGUCAGGUCAACAGGACAUCCAGUCGAGGAUUUCACUGCUAUUGUGAACAAGACUACUCCGGAAAAUUUUGCCAACAGCGGGCGAUUACCUGUAAUAAGGAGAAGCAUCGGCGACACCAUGUUGACGGUGAUUGUCGAUCAAUAGAAAUGAUCAGAAUUGGCGAAUGUGUUGGCUAUUGUGGGGAAGGAAAGAAUUGUUGUGAUGCUGUGAAAACAAAGCGAAGACCACUGAAAAUGAUGUGCCAGAUCGCCAUUAUAAAGAAUAUUCUGCGCUUAUUUUGCAUAAAAAAGCAGAUGAUUUCUCAAACGAAUUCUGUUCUGGGAAGAAAAUUUAAUCUAACAAGCGACGACGUUAACCGUAAUGGUUGGAAGAAGAGAUGA